AUGUCUUCUGCAGAGAUUCAACCCUUGUAUCGCUCAUUCUUGAGGGUUGUUCAACGAUGGCCUGUAGAUAAAGUGAGACCUAAUAAGGAUUUAAAACAAGUAUUGACAACAAAAGUUGAAGAAAGUUUUCGGAAUGAAAGCACACUUGACAUUGCUCAAGCAGAGAAACAGUUAUUUGCACUUGAAAAAUUAUUAAACAAUGAUUUUAAACAAAAGUAUCCGCUUUCAGAAGCGAUUCUAUACCCUGCAAGUAAUCCAAAAUACUAUUCAAAAUUGAUAUCUGCCCUUGGUGCAAACAAGGAAAGCAACAAAGGAUUUUUAGCAAGACUAUUAGGUCAAUAG